CCAGAUCGCCGUCGGUUCAGACUUGACGCCGCGCGCCCGUGUAUCUGUUACGAAACGUUUCCCUGUAAUAUCGACCGCCAAACAACAAUUACUUCCAGAAAUCAUGCUCUCAAAUCGGUUUUUAAGUUGUUUAAACCGGUGCCAGGUGAGAAGUCAGUUUGAGCAAUGGAUAUCAAUUCAUACUAUUCGCAUGUCAGGUUUUCACACAAACCGCAAAAAAAAUGAUAUUGAUCAAACACGAGCUAUUAUUAACAGACAAAGAAGACAGUACUCAUUUAUCCAUGAUACAAGUUAUUUAUGCUAUGGCUCUGACUACGAGACGGACGUGGCACUCUUCGAAAUGUUCAAAAACCAAGACACUGGAUUGCUGCACAUUGGAAAGUUCUUGUCGGCAGUCAAGGCUACAGGUCUCAGAAAAACAGAUCUGCGAUUGCAGGAUAUGAUGGAGAACUUAAAAAAGUUGUCGAAAACAAAGUCUGAUGGAAAUGAUGUCGAUACACAAAAGCUAACAUUAGAUCAAUUUAGAAGCAUAGUACAACCAAAUGUAGGGCUACUGUCAUACGCCUUUAGACAUCAAUUUAUUAUUCCCGAAUUUCAAGAAUUUAGCAAAGAUAUAGAGCUAAUUUAUUGGAAGUGUAAAGAAAACACAAACGGAACGGUGGCAUCGUACAUUCCACAGCUAAAACGCAUGAACCCGAAUUAUUGGGGAGUCAGUAUUGUAACUAUAGAUGGACAACGAUAUUCAAUAGGAGAUGUUAACAUACCGUUCACAAUCCAGUCAUGUAGCAAACCUUUGUCUUACGGUAUAGCUUUAGACUUACUUGGAGCGGACGUUGUUCAUCAGUAUGUUGGUCAAGAACCUAGUGGUAGAAACUUUAACGAACUCAUCCUUGACCACAAUAAGAAACCUCAUAAUCCUAUGAUUAAUGCUGGAGCUAUUAUUAUUUGCUCGUUGUUGAAGACAAUGUAUUCUCCAGAAAUGAGCUCAGCAGAGAAGUUUGACUUUACUAUGAACUUCUUUGAGAGGUUGGGCGGAAGGGAAGAUUUAGGUUUUAAUAAUGCAGUAUUCUUAUCAGAACGUGAAUGUGCUGAUCGUAACUAUGCCCUAGGUUUCUACAUGAGGGAACAUAAAUGUUUCCCAGAAAGUAGCAAAUUUAGAGAAUGCAUGGAUUUCUAUUUUCAGUGUUGUUCCCUAGAAGUCAAUUGUGAUUUAGUAGCAGUAAUGGCCGCUACCUUAGCCAAUGGCGGUAUUUGUCCUUUAUCAGAAGAAAAAGUUCUGAAACCUGAAAGUGUGAGAGACGUUCUGUCGUUGAUGCAUAGUUGUGGGAUGUAUGACUAUUCUGGACAGUUUGCUUUCAAGGUUGGAUUGCCAGCUAAAUCUGGAGUAAGUGGGGCUAUGUUGGUAGUUGUUCCAAAUGUAAUGGGCAUGUGUUUGUAUUCCCCACCUUUAGACGCACUAGGAAACAGUUGCAGGGGUGUACAAUUUUGUGAGGAGCUAGUUAAGAAAUUCAAUUUCCACAGAUAUGACAAUUUAAGACAUGCUUCCGAUAAAUCAGACCCAAGAAAGCACAAAUUUGAAACGAAAGGUCUAAAUAUAGUGAACUUACUUUUUUCGGCUGCGUCUGGAGAUCUGCCUAGUUUGCGAAGGCACAAACUUUCGGGCAUGGACAUGACACUGUCUGACUAUGAUGGUCGAACAGCUCUUCACUUGGCAGCAGCUGAAGGACAUCUGCACUGUGUCGAAUUCCUUCUUAAGUAUUGCAAUGUUCAGUACGAUGUUAGAGACAGGUGGGGUAGAACACCCUUAGAAGAAGCAGUUGCGUUUGGCCACACAACAGUUAUAGAAAUGUUGCAGCAAUGGGAAGAGGAAGGGAGCCAAAAAUCAAAUAAUCAUACCAAAGACGAAGAUGAUCCUUUGAUUCCCGAUUUUUUAAGCAAGAAUGAGAAGUCAUAGAGAUGCUUAUAGGUAUUCGAAUGUGCAGAGGCAAUAAAAUCUGAAGACUAAGGCAAUGUAUCUAAUGUCAAUAAAGUUAAAAGUUCAAUAAUUUAUAUCUGUUAAAUGAAAAGUAUGUAAACAUUAUUCUUUUAUUGUGCAGAGUCAUAUGUGGAAUGUCAUUUUUAGAUUUUAUUCUAUGGGGACUUACUUACCGAGUACAACCUACUUGGUAUUUAUAAUGUUGAACUUCCAAAAGUUCCUUAGGUUGACAGCCAACAAACUUCAAGUCAAAUUGUAGACAAUUAAGAAAGGAUGACAGAUAUUGAACUUAUGUAUGAAGAAUGUUGAUUUUUGUCAGUGUAACUAGCAUAAUUUCCAAAUUAAUAAAGAAUUAAAGAGUU